AUGAAUCUUAAAUGGAAACAAAAUGCUAUCACUGUGGCUGGUGGAAAUGAACAAGGAAACGAAUUAAAUCAACUUGCUUCACCUAUAGGAAUCUUUAUUGAUGAUGAAAAAACGAUUUAUAUUGCUGAUUAUGUUAAUCAUCGUAUUGUUGGAUGGAAAUUUAAUUCGGAGAAUGGACACGUCAUUGUAGGUGAAAAUGAUCAGCUCAGGUUCCCAGUAGAUGUGGUAUUUGACAAACAAAACAAUUCUUUGAUUAUUUGUGAUCGAGAAAACCAACGAGUCAUACGAUGGUUUCACCAAAAUCAAAUAAAACAACAACAAAUUCUUAUUUCUGAUAUUGACUGUUAUUGUCUGGCAAUAGAUAGAAAUGGAUUCAUAUAUGUUUCUGAUGUUUCGAACAAUGAAGUGAGACUAUGGAAAGAAGGAGAUGACAAUGGAAGAAUAGUUGCUGGCGGCAAUGGAAACGGAUAUGAUCUGAAUCAACUCAAUACACCUACUUUUAUCUUUAUUGAUGAAGAUUUUUCUCUUUAUAUAUCAGAUUCUCAGAAUCAUCGUGUGAUGAAAUGGAAAAAAGAUGCAAAAGAAGGAUUAGUUGUGGCUGGUGGAAAUGGAAACGGAAAUAGUCUUAAACAAUUGUCUGGCCCUAGUGGAGUGAUCGUUGAUCACUUAGGUCAAAUCUAUGUAGCAGAUUCUGAAAAUGAUCGAGUAAUGCGUUGGUGUGAAGGGAAUGAAGAAGGUGAAAUUGUUGUUGGUGGAAAUGGAAAAGGAAGUAAAUCAGAUCAACUGGAUCGUCCCGCCGGUUUAUCAUUUGAUGCUGAAGAAAAUCUUUAUGUUGCUGACCAUAUGAAUGGUCGAGUGCAAAAGUUUUUAAUUGAUAUCUAG